UCCCCUAUACAUCCUCACCAAUACCACAUAGCAAAUCUAGCUAAUUACCCACCCUCUCCCUGCGAGCCCUCCACCACAACUACAGCUAACUCGGUCGAGAUGGCUCGCACUGCAGCAACAAAGCUCGUGCUGGUCGCCCUGGUGGCGGCAAUGCUCCUGGUAGCCUCCGACGCGGCGAUCUCCUGCGGUCAGGUGAACUCUGCCCUGGCCUCCUGCGUCUCCUACGCAAAAGGCAGCGGGGCCAGCCCGCCUGGGGCCUGCUGUUCCGGAGUUAGGAGAUUGGCCGGCUUAGCGCGGAGCACCGCCGACAAGCAAGCGGCAUGCAGGUGCAUCAAGAGUGCUGCCGGUGGGCUCAACCCCGGAAAGGCUGCAAGUAUCCCCUCCAAGUGCGGCGUCAGCAUCCCCUACUCCAUCAGCGCAUCCGUGGACUGCUCUAAGAUCCACUGAUCGAUUACUUGCCGCCAUCAUCGCCGAUUAUAGCUCCAGCGAUAGAUGCCGAGUACGUUGAGGUCACACACACACAUAUAUAUAUAUAUAUAUACACAUAUACAUGAAUAAAUGCUCUGAUAUGAUCUCCAUGUGAGAGACAGGAGUACGUACGUCGAGCCAGCUCUGCAUAGCCGGCCACUGUUGUAUCUAUUUUGUAUCAGCGUUUGAUUGUUCGUUCACUCCCUUUGAGCAGAGACGGGAGUUUGUUGUACUUUGUACCAUGUGCACUCAUGGUAUUAUAAAUUAAUCUAGCUCUAUUCAGUUAA